AGUGACGUGUCGCAUAUUAUAAGCAGCAGCAAGAGCGCAGUAAUAAUGAGGCGGGAGUCAAACGAUGAUGACGACGUGUCUUUAUUUGACGCUGAGGAGGAUUCAGCCACCAGAAAGAACAAAAUCAAGCAUCCGGUGGCGUCCUUCUUCCAUCUGUUUUUCCGGGUCAGUGCCAUUCUGGUCUACCUGCUGUGUGGUUUAGUGGGCGGAAGCUUCAUUGCCUGCAUGGUGACCAUCAUCCUCCUGCUGUCAUGUGACUUCUGGACUGUGAAGAACAUCACUGGCCGUCUGAUGGUGGGUUUGCGCUGGUGGAAUCAGGUGGACGAUGAUGGAAAAAGUCACUGGGUGUUUGAGUCCAGAAAGGCCAGCGGGAAUCAGUCUUCAGCAUCUCGGAGCUCAAACUCAGAGUCUCGUAUCUUCUGGCUGGGUCUGGUCAUCUGUCCCAUCAUCUGGGUCAUCUUUGCUUUCUCUACACUCAUCUCCUUCAAGAUUAAAUGGCUGGCGGUGGUGAUUUUGGGUGUGGUGUUACAGGGAGCUAAUCUGUACGGAUAUGUGCGCUGUAAAGUAGGAGCCCGAACAAACCUGAAGAACAUGGCAACAAAUUACUUCGGAAGGCAGUUUCUGAAACAGGCUUUCACAAAACAAGAGGAGUCUUAAAAAGGAGCAGACCUUGAGAAAUCACUCAUCAGUGAACUUUUAUUAUGUUAUUUUAUAAAACAGACUGAUAUUAAGUGAGCUAAAAGGGUCACUUGGCUGAAUUGUGGUUUUUUUUUUCCUUGUAGUGUAACAAUCACAACCUGUUAACUAAUUCUUUAACAUUUAUAGAUAUCUUUAACUUUAUAUUAUGUUUUUUUUUAAAUAAUGAACUUAACAGAGUGUUUUGUUACUUAACGUUGCAUGACACCAUGCAUUACGCUUCUGUUUUGUUGACAGAUGUACAUAUUUAUAUACUGCUGUAAAUUAUUUUUGGAGGAAGGGGAGAUUGUGUGCUUUAUGAAAGUUUAUGAUUGUGUCAUAUUGAGUGAAUGAAAAAAUAAAGAGAGU